AGCGGAACGAAAUAGAUAACACUGUGUAAACACCAUAACACUGUAAUUGCAUAAAGGAUGACAAGGUUAUUGAAGUAGGACUCACAAUGUUUUUAAUGAUCUGGUUUGUUUAUCUAGGUUCCGUGAAUUCUUUUCCCGAUAACUCAUCAAUACUAUGCUUCCUUCAUGAAAACUUUAAAAGCAGUCCUUGUAAUGAUGAAUCUGAAUCAUUGUCAUGUUCCGAAGAUCAACAAAUUAGAAUAAAAGAGAUUCAGAUCUCCAAAAGAACAACUGGAAACACUGGAAUUUGUAAUGGCUGCAACCUACAAGCAAAUCAAGGUCACUGGGAUACAGUUGAUGGAAUUGUAUAUUUUGAAACGUUACUUUAUCAGGCUUGCUCAAGAAAGAGCCAAUGCAACUUCUCUCAAGAUGAUAUAGUACAAAGCAACGAGACUACUAAAUAUUUAUGGAGAGCCAACAUAAUGUAUGAGUGUGUAGAAAAAGAUUUGUUCAAAGAUUUAUGUUCACCAUGGAGACAAGAAACAGACUCCGUACAUAUUUCAUUGAAUACAACUGGUAACGCUACAAGAAAUUGUUCAUGUAGCAUUAUGGGGAACUCAGAAAAUGCCAGUAUAGAAGUUGUUGACUACAGGCCAUAUAUUAAUGAUAUUGAAUGUGCCGGACAUUCGGUUGAAAUCGAUUGUAUAGACUUGUUUGAAUGUACUGAGAAUGGCACAACCUUUUCUGUAUACAACAAAAAUAUUACAGUUGACAACAAUGUGACCGACAUAACAUUUCUAUUUGGUGAUUAUUUGCCUAAAAUGAUAUGGAUUCAUGUAAAAGGCAAUAAUUUGACAGUCAAGUGUAAUGAUUCGGAAUACAGGCCGGUGCACCUAUGUAGCAUGUCAACAGUGGAUACCACAUCGACAACGACGUUAUCAACCGUACCAGAAACAGAAACAGUUCCAAAGAUGACAACUACGGAAGAGUCAAAUACUACAACGACCUUUCCCCCAUUUAAUAACGAGGGUAGCACAGACAGAAGUAUUUUCAGCCUUCCCGUAAUAGCCGGAGGGUCAGCAGGGUUGUUGGCUUUGAUUGUUAUCAUUACUAUCAUUAUUUGCAUCCUUUGCAGAAGGAAGUCAAAUACCAAAGAUAAUGGCAAGGAGAACAUGUACGCAGUAUAUCACGCUGAAUCAAACACGGCGAAUAUAUCGACUAGAACAGAUAGUGCCACGAAGGAAGGUUAUAAAACCGAAAAUAACAUAGUACAUAUCACAAUGAAGGAUACAUUAAACUCAAACUAUGAAGAAGUAGGGAAGAAUAUAGAAGAAGCAGAUGCUGAUGGUGGUGGUGACGACACUGUUUAUGCAGAGCCAGCAGAUGUUGUUGAUAACAUUAAUGCAGAAACAGAUACAGGUAUGCAGAUGUCAAAUAAAGCUCAGAAUAAAACCGAGAGUGUUAAUUACACGGAACCGUACGAUAAAGCUCUUGUUAUUGAUAAUAAAAGCCAAAAUGACUAUGCCAAAGUCAUAAAAUGUGGACGGAAGAAAGAAGCGUACGACACGUGCACCGGAAUCGACAAAUAUUCACACAUCCAGAUUGGAAAGACUAAGCAGGUACCAAAAACUGAGGACAACUAUUCUCAUAUACAAAUAGCCGGGAAUAAAAAUGAAAGCUCGUGUUCAGGAAAUUAUUCCCAUACCAAAGUGAGACCAAGGGAUGAAUGUAAACCUCAGGAAUGUUCUGACAUGUACAGUCAUGUUGAAAUCAACACCACAAAACAACAAGACCUAGCUGAUACGGGAAAUAAAUCAGUAGAAGUGGAUAACAAUAGUACAAGCUUAGAAGAAGUGGAAGAAGAAGAAGAAUAUGACCAUUUGAACAAUUUUUCUCAUCACUGAAUUAUGUUAAUUAUAUUAUUAUUAAAGGGUUAAUAUGAAUGAAAAUUGUAUGGGUUUUAAUUCCCAUCAUCAUUGUAGUCGUCAAAGGGUGGUUUUGUAGCUUUAUUAGGGGAGAACGACCUCAGGUGCCACAUCGUGCUUUAUUUCAGGCACGAACGGACGCCUGAGUAGAGUAGAACCACUGACGUUUCGUAAAGCUAGAUGGACAGCUUCUUUACAUGAUGGAGUCCAAAGUUCCUGGUAGAAUUCGAACCCAUAGUGGGGAGGGUCAAUUUGUUUUAAGUCAGUAAAGUUUACCACUCGGCCAAACACAAACCCGUUAUUUUUAUUCGAUAGAAUCUGAAAUUAUUAGUUAUAGUUCGUAGUCCA